UACGUGUUUCAGUAGAACUUAAAGGUAUAUUCUACAGGUAAAGGUUGUUUGUCUGUCUGUGAAAGUUUAUUGAGGAAUUGAAUUUUUGGAGAUUUUGAAGAAUUUGAAGAGUUGAUUCUGGGUAAACACUUUUUUGAUCACACGAGCUUCAUUUCGAUAGGAUCGGAUCAGGCCAGGCCAGACCAGAGGAGAGACCCUCAUUUCGACCCUCGGGACGUGGGAGCUGGAACUUCAGCUUGGGAUUGAGUGAAUUCGAGGAAAGGAGGGGAAGAGAGUAAAAGCUUGAUAUAUUUAGUGUAGUACGAACGUAUAACGAGGGAGAAGAAGAACUUGUACGAAGCAAAACGACAAUUACGCAAAUCGCUGUCUUACAUACUUACAGGCUCGCGGAAUUGCAUAUCUCGCAAACUGUCCACUCACUCUUCGACAAGUCCUUGCACAUUUCAAGAAAUCAAAUCAAACGAUGUCGCUCGACCCGCGAGAUUCUCAAAUAAGGGGUAGGAGUAAGAGUCCCGGACGCGAAAGAUCGCGUUCGAGGUCUGGAUAUGAGGUAGAGGGGUUGAAUGCACCUACACCGCCAGGUUUCGACUAUGAUGAGUCUCGCACUGGCAGGAACAGAUACAGGGAUUCAAGUCCAAAUCCUACAGCGGGAUUCGGUGCAUCGAGAUUCGGUGGCACGACUGGAGCUGGUAUUCCCGAUACCUUGAAGAUUGAUGAGGUGCGCUACACGGAGAGGGAUAGGGAUAAUGAGAGAUUGCAUACUCCGGCUCAGUUUGACAAUUUGACUUAUGGAGAGGGCUAUAUCCCGGGUACUCCCGCCAAGAUCAAUGUUUAUGGUUCUCGCGAGCCGUCUCCAGCUGCUGUGCCGAGAAGUGCAGCUGGCUAUGGGAAGGAUGCUCAUACCCCCACUUAUAGUACCUUCAGCGAUCGGUUGGCCUCACCUCGCGAGCACGAUCUGAGCGUUGAUUCUCGCAGACUUGAGGAGAGCCAUGGUCGUCAGAGAUCCGCAAGUUUUAAUGUUGCUGCCGGCGUUGGAAAACAUCAUGGCUCUCUUUCCGGUGGUGUGAGUAUUGCUCAUGACCAUUCUUAUGCUCAAUCUUCCACCGGUUCUCAAGUCUCCGAUCUUUCUAGCCCUGGUCCUCCAGGCGCGAGAUAUGGUACUCCAGCUAGUCCUGUUGCUGGAGGUGGAUGGGUAAGCGCUGGUUAUGGCAAGAGAGAAGAUGAACAUAGUAGGUAUACAGACCCGGCGGCGUACAAAUAUGCACAGCCUGGUGAUAAGAUUACCUUUUCGAGUACGACGAGGAAGACGGUAAUUGGAGGAGACGGUCAUGCUCGUAGAGAUUCUUCUCCUCCGAGACAUAUUAGACAUGAGAGUGCAUCGGCUCGAAGCAGUAGCUCUCGAAUCGUCUCGGAAUCAUUCGUUAGUUCUCGUCGUGAUGCUUCCCCCAAUCCUGCUAGAUUGGGCGAUCGUCUCAAUACCCUAAGCAUCAACACUAGUGGUCAUCUCGGUCACUCAUCCCAUGGCUCCCUGAGUUUAUCUCCUGGUGGUCAUUCUCAUUCCGGCUCUCUCAGUCUAGCCAAUGCCCCUCCAUCUCCCCUCCUCGAAUCCUACAAGGGAACCUAUCAAUCCAUCUCCCCCAUGCCCUCCCCAAUGCUCAUGGUCACUUCCCACUCCGACAUAUCCGAGACAUUCUCCCCACUAUCCCCAUCAGGGGAAGAUCGAUCUUUCCGCCGCACAGCGCGUUUCCACGAUGCCCAAGAUGAAGCCGAAAUGCUACGCGAUGCAUUGAAAGGGGAAAAUCGUGCUCCAGAUGUGCAUCCCCUGAUUACCAUUCUCCCUGGUCUAACUCAUGAGCAAAUCCUCGACUUGCGUACGGAGUAUAAGAAGAUUGUUAAAACGGGUCAUGAGAGGAAGGGUGUUAAUAUUGCUAAACAUAUUAAGCUGCGUCUUAAAGAUGAAGAUCCGAGUUUGAUGAAGGCUUGUUAUGCGGUUGCGUUGGGACAAUGGGAGAGUGAAGCUUACUGGGCUAAUUUCUGGUAUCAGGGGGAAAAAUCUCGUAGGGAAUUACUAAUUGAGAGUUUGAUGGGACGAUCGAAUCGCGAGAUUCAAAAGAUCAAGGAUGGCUUUAGUGAUAAGAAGUAUCGGGAUUCUCUACGUCAAUGUAUGGAGAAGGAACUCAAGGAGGAUAAGUUCAAGAAGGCGGUUUUGCUAGUGUUGGAUGAGAAGAGGAUGGAGGAGAGUAGGAGGAUCGAUGGGGAUUUACUUAGGGAGGAUAUUAGACAGUUGGAGAAAUGUGUCACGAGUGAGAAGGGGGGUGAGACGAGAAUGAUUGAGAUUGUUUGUUUAAGGAGUGAUAAUCAUUUGAGGGAGGUGUUGAGGGGGUAUGAGGAGAAGUUUGGGAGGAACUUUGCGAGGGAAAUGUUGGGGAAGAGUACUAACCUUGUUGUAUGUUUUCUUUUCUUUUCUUUUCCUUCUUCUUCUACUUGUACUUCUACUUAUCAUUCUUCAUUCCUCAUUCCUAUUCCCUCUUCAUCCUUUCUUCCCCCAACUAUCGAACUUCCCCAAAACAAAAAGCAAACCACCAACUAACACAACCCCCACAGGGCGAACUCCUCGCCCACAUCCUCAACGGUAUAAUCAACAAACCCGUGCGCGACGCCCUCCUCGUGCAUCACGCACUCACCCUCUCCACGCGAGACCCUCUCCGCACAGAACUUCUAAUCAGUAGAUUAGUGAGAUAUCAUUGGGAUCGCAAGCAUCUCGAGGAGGUUAAGAGGGAGUAUAGAGAUCGGUAUGGUAUUGAGAUGCAGGAUGAUGUGGUGAAGGGGGUUAGGGGGGAUGUGGGGAAGUUUUUGGAGGGCCUUUGUUUGUGGAGGGAGAGGGAUAGGGUUAGGGAGGUUUAGGCGGGGGUGAGGGGGUGUAGGGCUGGGUUUGUGGGUUUGAAGAGGGGUGGAGAUGGGGAUGGGGAUGGUGUGGGUUUGAAGAGGGGUGGAGAUGGGGAUGGGGAUGGUGUGAGGAGGAGGGACAGAACAGAUGUGGUGAUUGUUUGUUUUGCUGGAUUGAUUGAUUUGACUGAUCUGAUCUGAUGAUUUAAAUGACACUUGGAAUGAUAACUAUGGCUAUAUAAAUGCAUGCAUGCAUAACGAAUGCACAUGCACUAUAUGAUGAGAAAUUAAAAAUGAUAUAUGAGGUACGAGAUACGAGGUAUGUGGUAUGGUAGUCGGUUAUAUUAGUUAGAGGAAUGGAAUCUAUCUUAUUUAUGUGUUUUAUUUUUAAUUUGGUAACUUGGUAU